AUGUCACUAUUCGGCUCCUCUACUACCGCCCCUUCCAAGUCCUCCGAGGAGAUCAAGGCCGCCCUCGUGCAGCAGCUGCAGCAGGAGGCGGCUAUGAGCAAUGCCCGCGCUCUGAUCGGAAAAAUUAACGAGCACUGCUACGACGCCUGUGUUCCCGCCCCGGGCACCUCGCUUUCGUCCAAGGAGAGCGGUUGCCUGUCGAGCUGCAUGGAGAAGUACAUUGCCAUGUGGAACGUCACCAGCCGCACCUACAUUGCCCGUGUCUCCCAGGAGAGCAAGAAAAUGGGCGGCGAUGCUUCUGCCCUGGUCGCUAUGGGUACCCAGUAG